UGGCACUUGAACUUUGAUUUAUGUGCUUAAAAAUGUUUAUUGUUUUAUCUUGGUAAGUUUUGACAUUAUUUUCUAUAUAUUUAUUGUGUAAGAUAUUAAAUUGUCUUUGGUGUAUUACUGUGUGCACGCUGUAUGUAAAAAACCCCGUAAAAUUCUGAAAAGCAAAUGAGCAGUUGGCUAUAUAAAAGUUGGAAUGCACCUAGCCACCUAUGGUGGUCUGGUUUUCAGAGUGAGAAAAUAGUUCCUUUCAUUAUAUGUCUUGUAUUUUGAACAAACUAUCCUUGUCCAUGGUUCAUCUAGAUGAUUGUGAAUAUUUCUAGAAAAACUUAGCUAUUUUCCUUAGUUUGUCUUGCCUUAAAUUAUAAUAGAUUAUGUCAGUUGGUGUUCCCAUAUACCGAAGGAUCCUUUAUGGUUCCCCUGCUUUUACUGAAAGAGAAGAGAAAAGAGCGACAAGUGCGAGAGAACGAGAGCAGUCCAUUGAGCCAUGUCACUCCUCAGCAAAAGAUACAAAUCCAAGAACAUUGCCAUCUGAAGGGUGGGAAUCCACCAGACACACUUUGUCUGCUCUUUCAAUUCAUGUAAGCUACAUUUGAAGAAAGUAUUAUAUUAGACAGUAUGUGGUUUAACCCAUUGAGCCGCAAUGCGCCCCAGUGCACCCUACCGGUACUUUUUUUAUACUUAUCUAACGCCAGACGAUUUUACUUGUCAGUGGGGAAGCUCUGAAGCUUAAUGGGUUAAAGUAUAUUUUAUGUAAAUGUUCAGUAAAAUAUCACAAAUGUCUUUUUUAGAAAGGAAGUGAGAUCAUUCCACGAGCUGUGAGGUACUGCUAGAUGUUAUAUUUUGAAGCUCGCAAAAUCGGCAACAUCCCAUAGCUCAAAUGCACUGCACAUUACAAGACACAGCACCUUCAACAUAUAAUUAAGUUCUGAAAAUGUUAUACAAGUUGCUUUUCUUGUGUUUCACAGUGUACAUGACCUUACAUGGUGUCUUUAGGCUUAUUAUUGAAAAAGUAAGAGGCAUAGCGAGUGUGACAUCAUUGUCUUAAUUUGCUGACAAAAUGGGUGUAGUUUUGCUGUAGUUGGGGGCAUGGUGUUACCAGCUAUGGGAAUAAUUGUGAGCAUUGACAUUCCUUUGAUUGUUACAAUAUAGUGCACCUGCUGUAUACGCUACUACUAAAUCCGCAAAAAAGCAAUGUCCGCAAUCCGAAAGGUGGAAGGAACGAAAACAGAAUCUCACUCAUUCAAGGACGGUCAAGAAAAAAUCAAAUGUGAGUUUGUGAAUUUGUAGAAGUUAAAUUGCUCCUUUAGCCCAUUGAGUGUCAGCUCUCCCUCUUGAUGAGUAAAAUCAUCUGGUGUUAGACAGAGUAAAACAACAAAGUAGUGUCCAAUGUAUUGAUGCAAGUUAGUGGGUUAAUGCACAAUUUGGCUUAGAGUGAGCUGGAAUAACACACAAAUCUUAUUCUGUGAUUUCUUUAAUAGAUCAUUGCUCAUCGUCAAGAUAAUGGAUACUACAUUGCAGGUUCCAAAUUGCCUCUUGUUGAUAGGUCAGUAAGUUAUUGAAGCCCUGCAGUCACAUGACCCACCGAUGUUUCAUUCCCAGCAAAAACAUUUUUUGUCGGUAAAAGUAGGCACACCCCAGCUCCAAAUUUAACAUAACCCUCUUCAUAAUUAUGCAGAAUUACCAUUUUAACCUUUUGCUAGAUAUGACAUUGAUGAGGAUGAAUUGAUCAAAUUACGCAUGUUGGCUCACAGUAGAGCUGAGAAAAGUACCAGAGCCAGUUCAGUAAAUAGCUCUGUCAUGAGGUAAGAUACUGCAUAUGACAGCUAUUCAUAAUAUGCUAUUAGUAGUUAUAUAUGUUUGCUAUUAAUAAUUGUUUUCAUUAUUAGGGGACGUGCAGUUAGCCCUGGAAUGAGUCCAAGUGGACAAAAUUCCAGUCCUGUGCCACCGACUUUCGCUGUGGAAGCAGAAAAGGUAUAUGCUGUAAUGGAUUUGAUCUCAAUAAUUUUUGGACUUUUACAUGUAAUACAGUGAACCCUCUAUAAGAAGAAAUUUCAAUUACCAUUCAAAAAUUUACAAUGAGAAAAAAAUAUAGUGUAACACAAAUUAUGGUAAAAAGCCAACUAAAAUAGUCUUAAAGAAACUAGCCUGGUUAGUUGGCUCCAUCUAUAACAGACAGUUCUCCAAACGACAGCACUUUUCUGAGACUGGGUAUAAAUUGAAAAUAUGCAAGUAAAAACUAUGUACCCUAAUACUCGUAUAGUAUAAUUGCACAGUUCUGUAAUUAUCAUAUAAAUUUUUAAAAACUAUAACCUUCAUCCAAAUACCUAGAACGUAUCGUUGGUCCCAAGGUCUCGUUUUAUGGGUGUUUUGUUGUCCAUAACACUUUGUUUAUUUUUGAACAGAGAAAGAAGAUUCUAGAGAGACGCAGCCAGAUGAAAGAUGAUCGAGAAAUACGGAAAGAAAUGAGACGAGAACAACAACGAGAGAAAUUGAAACGGUUUGAAGAAAAACAGGAAUUUGAAAAGCAAAUGGAAGAAAAAUAUAAACCGAAAAAACCCGAGAAGAGAAGGUAGUGUGGACCAUUUAUUCACAAAGAAAUAACCGUUUUGUCAAAUAUGUAUAUAUACAGACGUAAAAACGCACAACUUGUAACAAACGCGCAGCAGACUUGUAGCAAUGUUGUUCCAACAACUUGUCAACAGGAUGUGUUCGCACUGCUUGUUCCCAGCUUGUUGGUAACUUGUCAACGGCUUGUUGGUAAUUAACUUGCUACAAGGUUGUUGAGCUCAACAGACUUGUUACAAGUUGUUCCAACAACUUGUUAUCGUCCUGCAAUUCAACAAUUUGUCAACAAGUUGUGAGUGACAACCUUGUAGCAACUUGAUAAAAUAACAGCAUUGUUACAACUUAUAAUAGUUUUGUUUGUGGAAACACCACGUAAAUUUAUUACUGCAUCCAUACAAAGAACUUAUUGUUACAACUUGUUGACAAGCUUGCUACAAGCCUGUUGCGAACACAUCUUGUUGACAAGUUCUGAGAUUUUUACGUGUGUAAAAGUGAAGUACAAGGAGCAACAGAAUUGCUGCGACUUGUGAAAAGGACUUCAAUGGUAUCGUCCCGAAGCGUAUCUCUUUGUUUCCUGAGCGCUAGAGUGGAAGUAAUGACUUCGUGACAAAACAGGUUAAGGUGGAAGACACGUUUAACUGAUCAUAACAUUUCUUUUAGCUUGAUUUUCCUCACGGAGCAGAGUGACGAUGAAAGGAAACAGAAUCAACGGUAAGAUUGGAAAAAUAUUUAAUAAAAAAAUUGUCACAAAGUAAAAGUAACGCAAAAAUUCAAAUUAAUGUACAAAAAGGCAAAAAUGGAUUUUAAUCUAUUUUCCAGGGUAUUUUUGACAGAAAGUGACUUCAUGAUAGACGAAGAAGAGCAGGUCAGAUUUAUUCUACUUAAGGGUUGUUCAUAUGGAGCAGGGCUAACCCGGGAUGAUUCGUUUAAUGAAACUCUUAUCGCGGCUUUCAUAAACAUUCAAAAUAACAUUUCAAAGUUGAAUUAGCUAAGUUUGAUUAAAGCAUAGUUGGAAACACCACGUAAAUUUAUUACUGUAAAUUUAUUAAUUUAUUAUUUAUUACUAUGAUUCCAGUAACCAAAUGCUUCAUUCUUCUCUGUAUAGGGUUCAACUUAUUCCUUCGUCAACGAGAAACAACGUUUGGCGUUCAGUAGUAUAUUCAAUGAAAUGGAUAAGAACCAAGAUGGUAGAAUAGAUAUAAACGAACUUAAACAAAAUCUUUUUCCUCUGGCGUCCAAAAACAACCUUAAACAUUUGCUUCAGGUAUACAGAUACUACGAUGAUGCUUUUGGAAACGUGCACCAUACAAUAUAACACUGUUGUUUUUGUACUGUAUAGUGAAUAUAUGCAUCUAAUAUGUUAUCCAUAAUUUGUAACUUUUAGGUUUUCGACUUAAACAAAGAUCAUAUGGUGGAGAUGAGAGAAUUUAUUACAAUAUGUGCUUUGAACGAUCAACUUUGUGGCACGAGGUAACGUAUGAUUGCUUAAUGAAUUAAUCCACUUUGAGUUCUGGGACCGAUUGUUCAAAACUGCGCUAGCUUAUCCUCAGGGGCGCUAAUCCAGCUUUGAUCAACCGACCCCUGGUUUCUGAACCAUCAUAAUCAUGUUUGUUGUUUUGAUCAGUUUUAUAAUUUGGUUGUGUUUUGUAGAACUGAGAGUGGAACAACAUCACUCGCACUCGACCUGGAAAGAUUGGCUCAGCAUAUAACUAUAUAUAAGGUACGUCCCAAAGUCCUUUAAAAAAUGGGUAGUUAAAAAUAAGUACUAUUUACAAUAUGAGAUGUGAAACGUUUUGAUGAGAACAUUGAUUUCGUAUUCUUCAACAAUUUAAAAUAAAUAAAUGAAUGAUAUCUAUAUGUGGCGAGAUGUUACAUCAGCAGGAAUUUGUUCAUGUAUCAGAAUACAAACUCCUUUACAGCCAUAAUUUCUUUUGUGUUUUCAUAAAUUAUUAAUGAGUUUCACAAGUCUUUUAUACAACUGGUUCAACGAGAACGCAAAGUGAAAUUGUUCGAUUUCACUCGACCCCCGUUGUGAACGGAGUCUAUAAAAUCCUCUCAAGUCGUGAUUGGUUUGUUUGAUGUGUUUAAACUUUUGUAGGAGUUAUUUGAUGUUAUUGACGAAGAUCGUGAUGGUCAUAUCCAGACGGAUGAAAUAUUUCUCAUGAUAACAACAGCUGUGACAGGAGACGAGAGAGUUGAUGAAGAUGAAGCGAGAAGAGUUUUGGACAACAUGGAGAAAGACGAAAAAGGUAAGACAGUCUCGAUAGUUUGCUGGUGAUGGUAGCGUGGUGGUAAUUAUUCUGUUGAUGGUAAUGGUGGGGAUGGUUAUUUUUGUUGUGGUGAUGAUGGUAGUGUGGUGGUAAUUAUUCUGUUGAUGAUAAUGGUGGCGAUGGUUAUUUUUGUUGUGGCGAUGGUAUAAUGUGGUGGUAAUUAUUCUGUUGAUGAUGGUGGUUAUUAUUUUGUGGUGAUGAUGGUAAGGAAGGUAGUCAAGUGUGAUGGUAAUUAUUCUGUUGAUGAUAAUGGCAGCGAUGAUUAUUUUUGUUGUGGUGUGGUAAUGCUGGUAGUGUGGUGGUAAUGAUGGUAUAUUAUGGUGGUAAUUAUUCUGUUGAUGAUGGUGGUUAAUACUGGUUAUUUUUGUUGUGGUGAUGAUGGUACGGUAGUGUGGUGGUAAGUAGAUCGAACUGAUAGAGCCAUUCAGUAUAAAUAAAGUCAGUGUAGUUCUAAGUUUAAACAUUUCAAGUGUUCAAAAUGUUAACGUAGUGUUUUCGUUUUAGGUUAUAUUGAUUUCACGUCGUUCAUGUCCUACAUCCCUUUCUUUGCCAAACUCCUUCAAGUUAUUAUGGAUUCUCCACUCUCGAUCAAAAAUCUCGAGCAAGCACGUGACAGAGUGAUCAGAAAAUAUUCAAGCAACCCGGAUGAAACAAUGUGAAGGUACUGAUAUGCAGGGAUAUGGUCAGUCAGGUAUAAUAUCUGUAGUUGUGGUCAUAAGCGCUAAAGUGCUAUGCAUAUGUGUGGGGGUUAGAACACAUAUUCGAAACGAUGUCUGGCGUCUAUCCUCCGAUGAAACGUUUUCCGAAACUGUGACGCACGCGAACAAUAUGGUAACCUGCGUGGCAGGCUCAAGGACGCAGGCUAACAAUAUGGCAAAGCAGGCACACGGUGUUUAAACAUUUUUGCGGAGAGGAGACAGGUUUUUGGAGACUUUGUUCAAGACUCAAAUAAAGUGAGGUUUCUCCUUUCGUAUCGCCGAAGUGACAAUACACGCGAUACAGUCGAUAUAUAUUGAAUUUAUUCCAUAUUUUACAAACAAUUUUGCAAUUGUGCAUAUCGUCAUAAAACAAUUAAAUAUUGUAUACGCUCGUCAAUAUUAUACUAAAAUAAAAUGUUACAUUAAUAUUUACUUUAAAAACUACGCGAUAAUUACUACAAUAUAUAAUUAGAAUAUUGAAUUAAAAAUAUAUAUGUACUUGUAAAAAUUUGCGUUAAAAUUACUUGAUGAUUAAUUCCUGACACACUACAAUAAUAUAUAAUUCUGCCUGCGCAGAAGGUAGGUGCAGUAUAUAAUUACAGUUUGAAAUAUUGUGAUUAAAAAUAUAAUGUAUAUUUACUGAUAAUGUUGGAUACAUCUUAUACGCAUCCAAUAACAUGGUUAGUCGAUGUCUUACUGUAUUUAUUGUAAAAGAGGACCAAAAGUGUUUAAUUUAUCCCGAUAUGAUAAUCUGGGGCAGGUUGUUCGAAAAGCCGAUUACCUUAACCCUAGGUUCACCUAAAAUUCAAAGCAAAUUUCCUGACAGCUUGUUUAUAAAUUUAGAAAUAUUUCUUCAGAAAUCUUGUCUGGAUCAGUAGGAGUUUUCUUCUCUGAAGUUUUGAAAUAAACAGACGUGCAGAAAUACAUAAACUAAAACAGGAGGAUACAUUUUAAGUGCUAAUCCAGCUUUGAUCAACCGGCCCCUUGCUUAAUAAACCAUCUAGCCAAGGUAUAUAUAGUGAGAUCCAUUACAGCAAAACCAUUGUCUAAGUACUCUUGAGAUCUGUCAAUGUAAACCAUCCUACAAACUGGUUAUUAAAGUCAUAAUCUGACGGAUCAAUAAGCACGCCUCCCAUCAGCUCAUUCUCCGUCAAAACAUCGUAAUCCCAUACUGUUAUCCUGAUCUCUCGUUGACGAAGUUCCUCUUCAGAAAUGACCCAGACGAAGGUCUCGUUAUAAGUUGGAUUUAAAGUCCUCCGUGUAAUCUUCGUUUUACGUUUUGUGGAUUUACUGGGAUCAGGGGUUAGGUAGAUCUUCACGUACGGGUCGGAAAGACUCCCGGCGCUUUUUGGCAGCAAAUCUCUAGCAUGCAUAAUCAUGAUAUUAAGUUGAUAAGCUGCGAAUGAGAUGGAGACUUUCACCUCGCCGCCAAUAGGCCUGUCUCGAGGGUAUCUUUCUUCAGGGAGCAAGCGGGCAGCGUAUUUCCUCACGUCAAUGUCGUCUGAUGGAAGAGAAUGUAGGAAGGUGUAGAUAAGUUUCGAAGAGCUUACGUCUUCAAGAGAGAGAAGUUCCUGGAGGUAUCGGUCAAAAUCUUGCCGACGUUUUUCUGCCACCAUUCUGAUCUGGGAUCGACCAAGGUAGAUUUUACCUAAAGGAAAGGAAGGUUAUG